AUGAUGUUCACGUUUUUAUGUGCUGUUAUUGGGGUAAUCUGUUUUUUAUACUGUCGGCAAGAGCAGCAGGAAAGAAAUAUUUACCCUGCUUUAGAUUCGGCUAUAACUGAAUUCAGACGCACAUUUUCGGGUGCUGCGCAAGCAGAGGGACCGGAGACUGGUGCAAGUGGUAGUAGGGCAAGAACGCUGCGACGGUUUGGAGAUGAUCAUAUUUGUCCAAUAUGUUUUGGCCAAGCUUCAUUUGCUGUUGUUACAAACUGUGGCCACUUAUUUUGCUGUAAUUGCAUUUAUGGUUACUGGCAGUAUAGUGCGUCUUUGAUUACACCUGUAAAAUGUGCAGUGUGUAGAGAAAUUGUUAAUUUGCUGAUACCUUUGCCGGUAGAAGGUGAAAGAGAAAAUAGUGCUGAUGAAGCACUACGAUGUGAUGAACAGUUAACGGAUUAUAAUCGAAGGUUUUCCAGUGAAAGAAGACCAAUUAUUGAUUACAUCAGGGAUUUACCCGUAUUAGUUCCACACAUGUUUCGUGCCGUAGUCUCAGUCAAUGGAUUGAUGUUUAUGUUUCGGAUCCGUUUCUUUUUAUGUCUUUGUGGUAUGGCUGUGUAUAUUUUAAGUCCUUUUGAUAUAUUACCGGAAGCAGCAUUCGGUGUACUUGGUAUGGUGGAUGAUAUUUUUAUCGCAUUUGUUGUUUUGGUGUAUGCUACAAUUCUUUUUCGACAAAUGUUAACUGGUGGUAGGAAUAGUGGACGAGAACGAGAAAGACGCGAAUAA